CCCCAAGUGCCCCUUCCCAAUAGAUCUAUUGCAUGCAGAAUGAUAUAUGGUGAGUUGGCAAGAGCAAUUUCCGUCAUCAAAACGGUUCUAGCCCUCGGGAUUAUGGCACAGCCAAGAUGCAGAAGCGCGCCAUCCCUCGUUUCUCGUUUCUCGUAAAAAUCAUCAAACGGCCAAGGCAAGACCACAAGGCGCUAUUACUACUUACUCCUCCUCCUCCUCCCUUGCCCUGGCUUCUGUUCCACGAUGAAAAUUUUUCUUCUCUUUUCCCCCUUUACCCUUUUCUGCUCCUAGCUUGCAAACUUCUAGAACAACCGGGGCGUUGUUCUUGAUCUUCGCGUUCCUUCGUGCGUGUGUCUAUUACAGUUUUGCUGACCGCCUCUUGUCAGAUGGCACAAAGAUUGUGAAGUUUUUUCCCUGUUUGACAUCAUCCCGUGCCCAUGUCAUUGGCAUAGAGCCAAAAAAA